AUGGCUUCAUCAAACAGCACGGCCCUCCUCGUGAUGGACCUGAUCCACAAUAUUGUCAACAGACUGCCGGAGGCCGGCAGAGAGGAGUACCUGGCCCGCGUAUCCCGCGGCAUUGCGGCGGCCCGCGAGAAGAACAUACCGGUGAUCCACGUCACGAUCCACUUCCGCCCCGGAUACCCCGAGGUCCCCCGCACCAACCCGUUCUGGGCCCGGAUCUCCUCCACAGACGACUUCGUGCACAUUGAAGGCCAACAGAAGGAGGGGCAGAAUUUUGUUGCGGAAGCCGCACCGAGGGAUGGUGAGAUUGUCAUCAACCGACCGCGUAUUUCGGCGUUUUACAACAGCGAUUUGGAGGUUGUGCUGAGGAGUAUGGGGGUGAAGAAUCUGGCUAUUGCGGGAGUUGCGACCAGUGGAGUCGUUCUGUCGACGGUUCGCGAGGCAUUUGAUCGGGAUUACGAUGUUACGGUUUUGGAAGACUUAUGCAUGGAUCGAGACGAGGAGGUGCAUCGCGUUCUGACGACGAAGGUCUUUUCUUGGACUGGGAAUGUGACUAGCUCCGAGGAGUGGAUUAACAAGUUGUAG